GUUGUUUGGUUGGUUUUGUUUUGCUUUUAGGGCCUUUAAAAACCCCAAUUGCUGCAGGGCACCCAUCAAUGAAUCUACUUCUGCGUAAAACCUUUGACCUUUAUGCGAAUGUCCGCCCCUGUGUCUCAAUUGAAGGAUACAAAACCCCAUACACAGAUGUAAACAUUGUCACAAUUCGAGAGAACACAGAAGGCGAAUACAGUGGAAUUGAGCAUGUGAUUGUUGAUGGUGUUGUGCAAAGUAUCAAGCUAAUCACAGAAGAAGCAAGCAAGCGUAUUGCAGAAUUUGCUUUUGAGUACGCCAGAAAUAAUCAGAGAAGUCACGUUACUGCUGUGCACAAGGCAAAUAUUAUGUAUGUCGACGCUUGUUUUUGA